CCGCCCAGCGAAAAACGCGCCAUCAGUCCUCUCCUACGUCCGCAGAUAACAUGUAAAGACUGAGUGUCUGCCGGCGAGUCACAUUAUCUUCUUUAAUCUGAACGAAGAGAAAAUGAGUGGACGCGGCAAAGGAGGAAAGGGACUCGGAAAAGGAGGCGCCAAGCGUCACCGUAAAGUUCUCCGUGAUAACAUCCAGGGAAUCACCAAGCCCGCCAUCCGCCGUCUGGCUCGCCGUGGCGGAGUCAAGCGUAUCUCCGGUCUCAUCUACGAGGAGACCCGCGGUGUGCUCAAGGUCUUCCUGGAGAACGUCAUCCGUGACGCCGUCACCUACACCGAGCACGCCAAGAGGAAGACGGUGACCGCCAUGGAUGUGGUCUAUGCCCUGAAGAGACAGGGCCGCACCCUGUACGGCUUCGGCGGUUAAACUCACCCUGACCCGCUCAUACCGACACUCAAAGGCUCUUUUAAGAGCC